AGGACGCAGCCGGGGAUGCUCCAGCUCGGAGCAGGGGUGGGACUGGGGGAGCUGUUGGGGUCCUGUGAUGCCCUGGAGAGGCCUUUCCUGGGGGAUGGGCUCCCCCAGAGCUCCUUGAUGGGUCUUGAGGUGACUGAAGGGUCCCGUCCUUGAGCCGCAGACCUCGCGGGGCUUCCCACAGGGCAGAGCAGGCUGCAGGCCAGGUCCUCCCCUCUUCACUUAAAAGGGCCUGGCGCUUGCCUCUGAGCAGGCUGCCACACGGUUGGGGUUGUGGCUUUCUCAGCGCUUGGUGCGAGCAUUUGCUGAUUUGAGGUGGCUCUGAGGUGAUGCUUGGGCACCCGUGCAGAACCAAGUAAGGGAACCGCCUGCCAGCUGUCACCUGGUACAGCUCCUCUCCUUUCCCGUGUGUCUCCAGCUCUGGAGAUUGAUUGGGGUUUGGGGGGGGGCGUUUUCCCCUCGGUUACCUUUCUAUAACGCUCCCCCACCAUAGCCAAAGCAGUAGGGCAGCCUCAUGGUUUUGAGUCUGCUUUUCCCAAAGCCUGGGUUCUGGCAUGGGCAAGGGUAGCUUUGCUCAUGUUGCAAAAACAGGGCCGGACACAGGCAUAGGCAAACUGGGUGGCUGUCCAGGGCCUGAACAGAAAAGGGGCCCAAAAAUGGUUAUUUAUUUUUAUUAGUAUCAUCAUUAUCUCUGGUGAAGGGGGGGGGCCCGAUGUUAAUAAAAGUUUGCCUGGGACCUAGGUACAGUGCUGUGCAAGAGGCAAGGAUUUCUUAGGACAAUAUCUUUUAUUGAACCAGCAAUGUAGUUGGGAUAGCAUUAGACAAGUUUUCGAAUGCAAGACGUUAUUUCUUCGUGUUGGCAUGACGUGUAAGAGACACCUUCGUGACUCCUACGUUGUAAUCCUUUUUGUGCUGCCUUGUUGUGACCUCAAGGAAGUCCAGGGUUAUGUCCUGCCUCUCUCUCAAAAAGAGUGGCUAUUGCCUAUCUCUGUAAAUUGAGGUAUAAUCGUAGAGAUGGAAGAAACUUCUUUCAAGAUGGAAGGCACUUGAUGCUAGUAUUAGACUUGCCAAAUAUUUCCUCAUAAUUACAGAGGUGACUCCUUGUCUGGUUUGGAUUUGCAGUUUAAUUACCCAAGUAGCCAGUGCCUGCAGAAAACCUAUAGAUCUGUCAAACACCGGUCAAAUAGAAAGAAACCUAGGAAGGAGUAUAUGCAUUGGUGGCUUAAUUUUAGUUUCAGUACUUCCUCUUUAAGCUAGCAGUGUAGUAGGGUAUCUGUGUUAGCCAAGGCAUGGCACUUAAAUUCCUAGCCAAACAUACUUUUCUUUGAAAACAUUUCCUUUUGUUUCCCUUAGUUUGUCAACUCCUCAAUGAAUAUCUGAUAGUUAGUAUGGAAGAUGGCAUAUAGUCCAUUUUUAGCUUACUGAGUGUUCAUAAUUGGCUCUGCUGCGGAGAGGGACCUGUUUCUUCAUAAUGACUUCUGUCAUUUGGAGACCGUUUUUAUUCAUUGAUUCCUUCCUCUACUUAUAUUCCCAGAUCAAAAUUGCAAAAUACUGCGUGAACUGUAAUGACAUUUUAAUUGUAGGAUAAUUUAAGUUUAACUUAACCUUACAUAGUGGAGUUUCAUUUUAAUCAUGGAAACAGAUGGAUUUUUGGGUUACUUUUUUUGUGUCCAAAAAUUAGGGAUUUUUUUUUUUUUAAGCUGAGAUUCUGGUUCUCAGGUUAUCAGCACAGAUUUGUAUCCAUAACCCAAGAACUCUGCAAGGGAUGUGGUACAUCUCCUUGAGCAGAAUCUUUUUAUUUGCAGUAUGAAUUGCUUUUCUCCCUUGCUUCCUGCUUAUCUGACUAGUUUGUCCCCCCGAAUGCUUCAGAUUUUAAGUAGUUUGCUCAGAACUGAGGAGGAUUUUCACCCUUAUAAACAUCUCCCCUUCUACUUGAAAACAUGCUGAAACAUAAUGUAAGGAAGAAAGAGUUUUCACUCUCUAGCCUCUAGUAUUUAAAAAAAGACAUUGGAUGUUUGGUAGCAUCAGCAGCCACAAACUUUCUGAAUUUCUAACAAGCUGGUUAGCGCAAAACAAAUUUGUCUUUUUUAAUUCUUGGAAUAACCUUUGCACUAACAUGGAGACUUGUGUUGCGUGUUUUAUUUGAAAACUUUGCCCCUUGAAGGCUAUUUAUUGUGCUAGCUUCUUUCUUGAGAGGCAGAGGGAAAGCCUGACUUUCACUUUACAAAAAGUUGCUGAACGCAGGGCUUCCUUUAAAGAGACCUCCAUUGGGAACAAAGGACAAGCACAAUUGCUUCCAGUAAAGAAGUACUAUGUUCCUUUCUUUCGAGAGGGGAAAGAGACUAGGUGACUUGCCCCGGAUCACCUGGUAUAUGUGUCUUGACACUUUGUGACUGUGAAUUUCUCAUUCCUUGGCAACCAAUUAGCAAGUGAGAAACAUGAGGACAAAUCCUGCUAUUCAGGCUGCUAUUGACCUUACAGCUGGAGCUGCAGGUUUAUUUCAUACUUGCCUUCGGCAGGCUAUUUGUCCAUGUGAUCAUUAAAGUGCUGUUGAAUCUUGAAAUUUUCCUCAGGUGGGACGGCAUGUGUGGUGACAGGCCAGCCCUUUGACACAGCUAAGGUUAAGAUGCAGACAUUUCCCAGCAUGUAUAAAGGACUCGUCGACUGUUUUGUGAAGACCUAUAAACAAGUGGGAUUUCGAGGCUUCUAUAAGGGAACCACACCAGCACUUGUAGCCAAUAUAGCAGAAAACUCUGUUCUGUUCAUGUGCUAUGGCUUUUGCCAACAAAUUGUGAGGUUUCUUGCUGGACUAGACAGGAAAACAGAGCUGAGUGAUCUCCAGAAUGCAGCUGCUGGCUCUUUUGCUUCUGCAUUCGCCACUUUGGUUCUUUGUCCCACAGAACUAGUGAAGUGUCGACUGCAGACCAUGCAUGAAUUGCAGCUAUCUGGGAAGAUAACACAAGGACACAAUACAGUUUGGUCUGUAGUGAAAGGUGUUCUUCAAAAGGAUGGUCCCCUUGGGUUUUACCGUGGUCUGUCUAGCACUUUACUUCGGGAACUCCCAGGCUAUUUUGUCUUCUUUGGAGGAUAUGAGCUGAGUCGGACAUUUUUUGCAUCGGGGAGAUCAAAAAAUGAACUAGGUCCUAUUCCUUUAAUGAUAAGCGGUGGCUUCGGAGGCAUCUGCUUAUGGAUUGCUGUGUACCCUAUAGACUGUGUCAAAUCUAGAAUUCAGGUUCUUUCCAUGGCUGGAAAACAGGCGGGUUUCAUGGGAACGUUUUCAAAUGUUUUGAGAAAUGAAGGAGUACUUGCUUUGUAUUCUGGACUAAAGCCUACUCUGCUUCGUGCAUUCCCAGCCAAUGGCGCAUUAUUCCUUACCUACGAGUACAGCCGGAAGAUAAUGAUGAAACAGAUUGAUGCCUACUGAAGCCUUCCAGCAGAUCUCUUGAAGAAAGUGGAGCUAGAACUAUAGGUCACCUUAGGGCUUGACUGUGCACACAACAAAUUGGGUGACCUUGUUUUUAAGAAACCUGCUUUUUAUUGAAGAUUUUAAACUUAAAAAAAGAAAAGUAAAUUGAUUUUCCUAGACAGUAGGUACACUUUUUUUUUUUUUUUUUUUAAGUCAAUCCACAGGACUGGCUGGGUAGAGGAGAAGUUUGAAAGCUGGAGAUAUUUGCACACUUGUUCCACCAAUUAAUGCUGCUCAAGAGACUUUAAGAAGCAUACUGCCCUUAGUGGCCUUUGUACUCAGCAUAAGAUGCUACAGUUGUGUUUCCAGUUGAACCUACUGUUCCCACUUUUAAAUCUAAUUCUCUAGUGGUAGAGCAGAAAGUUGGUCAGGAUUUCCUUUUUUCCAGUAUUGAUAAUGCAGUGUUUACCAAUGCCCUGUAAUUUUGAGAAAAUGUGUGAACAAAUAUUUUAGCUUGGCACCAGGUUGGGUUACAUUUAUUUCAGCCUGAAACUAUGAGCUUCUUGUUAAAGAGUAAAGCAAAUUACUAGCUGGGUCAGACACUACAAUUAAUUUACUAGAUUAGGUCAGAGGUGUCAAACUCAUCUGGCUCCACAGGCCAGGUAGGUAGUGUGGGGGUGAUCCAUGGGCUGGUUCUAGCUUAUGGAUCCCCCAUUCUCUUCCCCAGCAUAUCUGAUUCAGCAGAUGUUCCAGCUGAUCUGGGACCUACACUGCACUUGCUGCCUCUGCAGCCCCAGACCCACUGCCUGCAAGUGCUGUGAACAGCAUGAGUCUUGGAACAGGUGUCAUGUGGCAUAGUCCAGCUGGGGUGGCAACUGCACAGCAGCUAUUCCAGCUGGACUGGACUAUAUGCCUAAGCAGCAUAUGACCCAGACCAGCUGGAACAGUGACUGAUCAAGUAUGGAGAGUGAGGAAGGCUGCAUGCUGUGUGGGGCAGUACUGGGUGCUGGAUGGCAGGACUUCCUGGCCUGUUUGUUUGACACUUCUGGGAUUAAAUCAUCCUGCAAGGUUAGAGGAGACUAAUGCUUUGCUUGAGGCUUGGGAUAGUCUUCCCCUAAGCAUACGACAGUCACAAUACUGUUAUAAGAGGCUGGGAAAGAAGUUGCCAGCAGUCAAAUUACAUUUAUGCUUUUUGGAUGGAAUAAUUGGCUUCAGUAGGCUAGAAUAAGUCACUUCAACUAUGAGAGUACAGUGAUUGGGAAUGGGAGACCAUGGCUUCAACUUCUCCCCAGGUCAGAGUAGGCAUUCAAACCAACUUCUCAUUUCACUACUACCCCUUGAAGUCAUUCUUUUCUCCAACUUCCUGACCAUGCAAAUAGUGCACGUGCUAGGUAGAGCAGCAGCCUUAGACUACACGAAGGCAACUUAUUCCAACCCCCUGUAUUGUACCAUAGCAAAACAAUUUACCCUUUGUGUGGAAGACUCAGUUUAAAAACCUCCCAAAGGUGUGGGUUACAGCUGUGUUAGUCUAAAGGACUUAUCCCAGUUACCUAAGUAUUUGUUUGUAUAUCUUUUAUUACACCAACCAAAUACUUGGAAAAAUUGUUCUUUACAAGCUUUUGGGCACAAGACACCCUGCUUCAGGUAUAGACCAGCAUGUCUUCACAGCCUCAGGGUUCUGGCCUAUGCAAUACUAGAUAGAAGAGACCUACCAGUUAUGUGAAUCUAGUCUUUGGCAACAGGAACUAAAGCAAAAUAGUUAUGUAUUUGAUCACUUGGAGCUAUAGGUACAAAGCCAUCUUUAGCAAAUAUUUAAUGAAAACAUGUAGUAGUAGUAUUUUGCUGGUACUUUCCAGCUGAAGGUCAUUAGCUUCCUUGCAGUACUUCUCUCAGCAGUAUGUAAACCUAAAAAAGAAUUGGUACUAGAGGGGUUUUUGGAGGUUUUUUGUUUUGUUUGUUUUUUUAAAAACAGAGUAUGCUAGUGUCUUAAAUUUCCAUAGACCAAGUAGCUACAGGAAGAUCAGAUUGCUGCUUCUUAUCUAUCUCUUCUGUAAAGAAUUAAUUUCCUAUAAGCUCAAAUAUCUGGCACUGUAUGCAGUCUGGCUACAUAACCCACAAGUGAGAAAAAUAUUAAAAAGAGAACAAGUAGUAGCAGCAGCUGCCACCGCCUCUAGUUUAGUGUUCCUAUAAUCUAAAGGAUUCUUUGUUAAUGCUAGUUCUGGCUUUAGCUAGUCUUUAGAGGACAGCAGAAGGAUUCAAUAAGACAGGAUUCCUGGUAGGAAUAAAACAACCUUAAAUUUGAGUUAGUUUUGGUUUGCUUUGCAACUUACGCUUUAGGUCAGGUUUGUUUUUUAAAGAUCUCUGCAGGCACAGGAAGGUGACCCAGCUCCUGUAGGCUUGAACAACCUCCUAUUCCAGGGGUGGGCAAAGUGUGGCCUACUGGCCACAUCUGGCCUGCCAAGAAAUUCCAUCCAGUUUGCAGGGCUCAUCUGCAAGCCCUGGCCCUUGCUACCCCUCUGCAAGCUGGCACCUCCACCCAGGAGGUAUAGUUCUGGUUGCCAAGCACCUGCCCCCCUCACCAACCUGACCCAUGCCAGCCCCAAGCUAACAGGCACUAGAGACAAGCAGCCAAUGACUGGCAGAGCUUUUGCUGGUGCCCCAUACUUGUUCAGCCCACCUCAACUUGUAUUUAGGGCCCUUGCCUGCAAGCUUGGAAUGUACCAGAGUAAGACUAUUUUGAGCUAUAAUGCAAUCGCCUCUAGAUACACUAUGUAAGUGGAGUCAGGAGAGACUUUUUUUUUUUAAAUAAGUCAAAAUAAAGUUACAGUAGGUGAUCAGUUGUUUAGUACAAGAUGUUUUUCUCUCCCCCCGUUUCAAACUCCCUCCUUUCAAAAGGAGUACUUCCAGGGCAAGGGGGAGGGAGUCCCCAUGCAAAGAUGUUUCAGCUUGUGAAAGAAAUAAAGUGCACCAAAACCUGUUGCAGAUACUGUACAAGAGUCUCAAAGAAUGUAAUUUUGGUACUUUGCAGGGGAGAGGGGGGGGGGUGGGGGAGGAGGAGGAGGAGGAGAGAUGAAGGUGGUAAAUGGCAAGUGACACCUGUUUAGGAAUUAAAAAAAUUGAAGUUCUGCUGCAUAAAUGGGAUAAAUUGUUAGAUUUUCAUUUAGAAGUAUAGCUACUGGAAGAGUAGGUAAGAAUUAUUCCAAUAACUUAAAGAGAGAGAUCAAUUUUUAAAGGAGGGACAAAAAGUAAAAGACAAGUAGACUCGUUAUAAGGAAAAAAGAAAGCUGGGGAAAAAACCCACAAAAAAACUAACCCCCUAAAAAGAUAAAAAAAAAAAAAAAAAAAAAGUCAGCCAAACAAAAACUGUAGCUUCUUAAAAGUUAUACCUGUGCUCCAGUCCAUGGGUAUUUAAGUGGGAAAGCCUGGAAGUGCUACUGAAAGCUCAUUUGAAUUUUUCUAGACAAGUGUUUUAUGAAGUCAGUAGAAUCUCUGAACACAGGUCACCCAAAAAAGCUUAAAGCUUAAGAAUUAAGUGACCAAGUAUACAACAACUAUAGUAGGAGACUUACUAUUUUCCUAUUAUGUCAAGGAGGUAUAAUUCAUGGAGUAGCCAGGCUCUUUUAAGAGUUAAAAAAAAGUUGAAGAGAUUAAAAAAAACCCAGACAAACAUGCAUUAAAAAUGCUUGCAAUUUAAGAUUGUGCAAUUAGUUUAACUGACCCAAGAACCCAAAUUUUAGCAAGGCAGUUGAUUCCCUUUACUACUGACAAGAGGUUCCUUUUAGUGGCUAUUACACUUCAAGUUGUAAAAUAUGGACUCCUGUAAUAGGGAAGCUUUCCUUUCAGAGUAGAGAGCAGUAUGGUAAACAUUAAAUUAAAACACAUUUAAAAGCUACACACAACCACUUUCUAUACUAUGCCUUUGACUUUUGACUCUAGUACAAGUUAGAGGCAGCAGUUUAUAGAUUUUGGGUGUACUCUACACGGCUUCUUUGGGGGAGUUUUUUGUUUUGUUUGUUUGUUUGUUUUGAGGGGAUGGAAGUCUUACAAGCAUCUUGUCCACUGGGUAGCUGUAUAGUGUAUAAAGAGAUCCAAGACAAUAGCUUGCACAAGUUUACAUACAUACUUUUUGAACUGGAAAAAAGUUACAGGGCAGAAGUUCAUUGCUUUAAGAUCUGGGAAGAAAACAGAACAUGGGAGAGGUUAUGUAUAACUCUUGCUCCUAUGGGAGCUAGGAUCAGCAGAAAAACAAAAUUAAAGUUCUUACCUACUCUGGUUCUGAGGACCACUUUUCUGGCAGUCUUGUUGACAAGUGAUGAAUGCCUUGUAAAAUUAAGAGUUUACACUAGAGUUACCCCUUGUAAGAAUAAAGGUCUUCUAAAUUGAGACCACCUCCACUUCCGUACUUAAAAAGGGAGGCCAAUUUAAAGAGACUAAGCUUCCUACCUCAGAUUCUCUCAUUUAUACUCUACCUCUUAAGUCACAUCCCAUCUUCCUGCCCUCCCCCCCAAAACUGACUAGCACCAUGAAUGAAAAGGACCUGGGGGGUAAUAGACUGCAGUAUGAAUGAGCCAGUAGGGCAAAUACUCUGGCAUGCAUCAAAUCGAUGCAUCUCCAGCAAAGCCAAGGAGGAGAUUAUUCCGCUUGACUCAUUGGUGAGAGUGCAGCUGGAGUACUGCAUCCAGUUCUGGGCACUGCACUUCAAUGAGGACAUGGACAAGCUUGAGAGAGUCCAAAGGAGAGCCACC